AUGGGAGCCAAUGUGAGCACUGCUUGCUGCAACAAGGGGGACACGGCCAGCAUCCCGUCGGAGACAGUCCGUGCAGCGGGUGCAGACGCUGAAAAUCCAGCAGCAGAUCCAGACGCAAAAGCCAGCGAGGAUGGCGAAGUGGACGAAGUGGGCGAAGUGGGCGAAGUGGCAGCCACUCACAGACUGAAGGUCAUGAAAUCUUUGGGCCAUUUGGAGGUGGAUGAGGAAAUAUUGCGCGGCGUCUCCUUGCGCAAGACGUUGAGAGGCUUUGGGCGAGUCUGGCAGUUUUCCCCCAGCGACUUGCCACUGAAGGAACGCGAAGCCUUGUGGAAGAAGUCCGCUUCGGUGAAGUCCCUUGCUUUCUUCAUUUCCCACACCUGGAGGACAGCUGGAAGAUGGAAGGUGCUUGCCCUGCUUUUGCGAACCUCUUGGGCCUUUGUGAUCCUUUGCUGGGCUUGCUGCAUGAGCAUGGUUGUGUGUCUCUAUGCGUUGGAAGUCCUGCCGAGGCCGCUGACAGCUCCUGAUGUUGGCAUUCUCGGCUUGACAUUGACAUACCAUAGUGGUCCAUGGCUCUUGGUAGCACAUGUGCCUUCAAUCCUAUUGGGUUUUGCUUUGGCUCCAUACUUCCCCAGCCUCAAGAAUGACCAAAGCUUUUUGGACGUGACUUGCAUUCACCAAGAAGAUCAGGCUCUGAUGGAACGAGGAGUUUAUGGUUUGGGAGGAUUCCUGGCGCGUUCCAAAAAAUUGCUGAUCCUUUGGUCGCAACCGUAUUUAUCGAGGCUUUGGUGUGUCUUUGAGAUUGCUGCCUACCGUGCUGCCAAUCCCGAAGGGCAAAUAGAGUUGGCUCCGAUCUUCGUGGAGUUGACUGUAUUGGUGCUGUGGGUUAUGAUUUUUUGCUCCACGUGCUUGUCGUAUGCAGUCUCUUUCACGCCGGAGUACUUUUGGGUUGCAAUGCCAUUUGCCUUGGUGCCACAGUUGGUGGCUGCACACUUCCUGCGUCGCCUCAUCUCUCAAAAGCAUCGGUUGAUUGAGAGCAUGGCCAAUUUUGAUGUCGACAAGGCUGAGUGUCGGGAAGAGUUUGAUCGGAAGUUCGUCAUGACGGCCAUUGAUGCGUGGUAUGGAAGCCGGGAAGCCUUUAACCAGUAUGUCCAAGGACCUGUUCGAGACGAACUCUUGCAGAAGAGGUCUACUCAAAUCCCUUCUGCAUAUUUUCUCCUGCUCAUCGCAGCAGUUUCAGCACCGAGUUUUGAGGUUUUCAUUGGGUUUUGCUUGGAUGGCUUUCCAGCAGAUGUUUUGUGGAUACGAGUGCUGUCCAAACAAAUUGGCUUCUUCUUCGCUUCACAGAUGGUCACUUUGAAGAUCUUGCUCUACCUUUGCGACCGUUUUGCCAUGCCCCCAAGUAUUCCACAUCUCAGAGCUUUCCCAAGGGUUGGAGGUUUGUGCGACUUCCUGCAGACCGUGCUGAUUUACUUGAGCUACAUAGUGGUUGACCUUGGGAGUUAUGCAGUCUGCAGGCGAUCUCAAGGGCACGUAUGGAGCGCCGCGCUCUACUGCUCUGUGAUGCUUUUUUGGGCUGGCCUCCUUCAUGGUUGUUGCCGGCGCAGAUGUGUGUGA